GUCAGAGGGCUUUAUAAAGAGGUCUUGAGGUCGAACCUGAACUCAGUUUAGUGUCUGAUUAUUAGAGGAGCUGCUGUCACCAACACGGGCAUUAAGAUGCAGAUGUCCCACAGGCCUGUGCAGUGGCUCGCUGUGAUGCUUCUUGCCAUCUUUACAACCGGCCAGUGUCAACAGAACGAGAGUCGGCGAGCUGUGACCGAACACCAGCUGAUGCACGACCGCGGCCGAAACAUCCAGAGCCUCAAGAGACUCAUCUGGCUGUCCAGCGCCAUCGAGGGUCUCCACACUGCCCAGACUCGCUCUGCUGCUUUUAACCCCACAAAGGUUCUGAACCUGGCUCCAAAUCCAAAGCUGGUCCCUGCUGCUGGGCUCCCCCAGCCCAACCGGGUGGAGAGCCUUAUGAGAGACUUUUUUAAUCCCUACCUGAAUCAGCAGCCAGACAGUGAGGCGUAACAUCACUUUAAUGCAGAAACAUCAAACUACUGUACACACUUAUUAAAUAAAUGAUCUGUAUUCAUCAUUAUUUGUCCUUAGUGCCACGACCCUCAUUCAGCCGAAGACAAAUCAAAACAUCUUCAAGAGUUUAGAAGCAGAUUACAUUUUUAGUUUUGUUGAGUUUAAGAUUCCUGAAGGUCCAGUUUAUGUACGACAUUACGCUUACAUUGAGGGCUGAUAAUACAACCAACACAUUUAAAUGUUGUCAAGCAUGGGGCCGAUUCACAAUUAAAAAAAUUUGUUUUUCCUAUAAUAAACAGCAACAUUAAAACAGUGUGCAAAACAAGCUAGGGUAUGUGGCUUAUUGG